AUGCUAGCUUUGGCAGUAGCGUCGUCAGGUAUCGCUGCAACUUUAUUAGCAGGUGGACGCACAGCUCAUUCCACUUUUAAACUGCCCCUAACUGUUUCUUUACAAAAAGAUAGCGUGUGCUCUAUACGUAAAAAUGGCCCUUUGGGAAAAGUUUUACAAGAUGUCAGUUUAAUGAUCUGGGACGAAUGUACCAUGAUCCAUAGAGCUCAUGUAGAGGCUCUAGAUAGGACUCUUAGAGAUAUUAGAAGCUGUGAUAAAAUCAUGGGUGGGAUUACUGUCAUGUUUGCUGGGGACUUUCGACAAACUUUACCAGUAAUAGUAAGAGGAACUAGAGCAGACAUUGUAAAGUCUUGCCUUAAAAGUUCCCCAUUAUGGAAGUUUGUAAACAUCCUAAAAUUAACUACAAAUAUGAGAGCACAUUUGGGUGGAGGUAAUAUAAUUUUUCCUUCAAAGUUACUUUUAAUAGGAGACGGGAAAGUACCUCAUUUUGAAAAUAGAAUUGAAAUUGAUCGUGAUUUAGGAGAAAGAGUGAGUAACAUUGAGGACUUAAUUUCGAAAGUUUACCCCGACAUCAGCGAAAUAGAAAAUAAAGAUCAUCAAUGGAUGUGUCAAAGGGCAAUAUUGGCGGCGAGAAACAGUAGCGUAGACGAAAUUAAUGAUUUAAUUUUAAGUAAACUUCCAGGAGACAUAGUUACCUACACAUCUAUUGAUAAUGUAAUGGAUCAGGAAGAUGCGGUCCAUUACCCACAGGAGUUUCUUAAUUCUUUGAACCCCAGUGGUCUUCCCCCAUAUUCCCUCAAGUUAAAAAUAGGUGCCCCAAUAAUUUUACUCAGAAAUCUUAAACCACCAAAUUUAUGUAACGGGACUCAACUUCAAAUCAAAUUUCUUCGCAAUAACGUGAUCGUUGCUAUAGUUUUGACUGGUCCAGCAGUUGGUCAAACAGUGCUUAUACCUCGCAUCCCAAUGAUACCAAAUGAUUUACCUUUUAAUUUUAAAAGAAUUCAAUUUCCCGGAUGUCCAGCUUUCUACAAUAGUAUCAAGCUUCAAGAAGAUCCCAAUGAGAAUUAUCCAGAUCGCGAUUUUACAUUACAAGUCACUUGUCGUCAAAGCGAUAGAUUACUCCUCGUCCCCAUACACCCUGAUACGUAG